GGGCUGAAAGCAAAUAGAAGCCAGUUGUAUUAUAGUCUGCACUUCUGCCGACGGAGAGAUGAUCCAUAAACUUCAUUUGCCGCCGCUGUUGUUUUUAUGGUUGGCAUGUUUCAUCCAUUCGGUCAGUAUUUCAUCAUGUUGGUAUGGCAGUUUUAAGUAGAUCAAUUAGGAAAAAGGUGACUAAAGAAACUUGAGCUUGCACAGAAAUUUGGCGGGUAACAGCAGUGUUUACGUACUUCUAUCUAAUCAUGCUAGCCGACCAAUGUGAGCGCCCGCCUUCUCAGAUACCUAUAAAACUGUGAGAAGAACUUAUGUAUUGAUCCCCACCAGGGGUUAAAGGAUAAACAGGAAUAAAAGACAUUGACGGCUUAAAUCUCCCUCACCUUUGAAAAAGUUGCCAUGCAGAAAAUAGUACUAAACACGUACAAAGAUACUGACCAAACGGAAAGGUAAAUCUUGUUAAGUGCACAAGUGCAGUUGACGGUGAAACACAUGUCCACUGUUGUAAUUUUGUAACUGUUGUAUGUUAAUUAAUUAUAAUCAAUUAUCGAUCAGCGCUGAAUGAUGCACGUUUCUUCGCCAGCGGAAAGAUUUGAAACAAGUCGGAGAGAAGUUUGCCGGGAGUCUGGCCCUAACUCAUUUUCAGUGCUAGACCCUUGCAGACUUCUCGUCGGUGUGUGUAGCUCAGGGCCUCCUCAUGAUUUCCCGCGAGCUAAGAAAUGCCGGUUACUGCUCGCAGGAUAGUUGUAAAUUUAGAAGUACGCAUACACAUAUUGUGCACACUUUUUCGCAAACUAAACGAGAAAACAUCUAUUUCUUUGUCUGUAGGGAGUCUUAGGAUGCUCGGAUUGCACUGAUGUCGAGAGUAAGUUAUUUUCACAGUUUACUCGACUUUGGUCACAACGGAGAGGGACUGGUUAAAGUUUGCACGACUACUUAGGCAAGCAAACUGAGAGAUGUGAAAAAUACACAAAGGAGUUUUUUCCGGAAUUGGGUGACAAUAGUAGGGAGUUGUGGUAUGAUAUUUUAUGAGAAGACAAUAGGUGGGUCUACGGAAAAGUGUGGGACAUAUUUUGGAAUCUAUCCGGCAAUUCACAUAGGACUAGAUCUCAGAUAUGUUACACCUCCUACUUGGGUAGAUUCUACUUCUCGUAUCUUAUGGCGGGAUGAAGUUUUCCCUGAAUAAUCUUUUUGUUUACAACAUAGCAAAUGGCUUUGUGUGCAAUGGAAAAACGGUCAACUUGUGUCAGACUGAUCACUCGAAGUCGUGGAAAGUUGCCGUUAUCACUCAAGACACCAUGGAUUUGUAUUCAUGUGACGGCCUGGAGGCUGGAGACAAACUCUUACUAUUUGUUAGCAAAGGAAGACUGAUCAAUUAUGGCAAAUAUGAAGUGGUCACAGCACAAGACGUCACACCAAUAGCUGGAGACGAAAAGUAAGAAUGAAAAUUAGAGGAAACUUGUGGCCCAACUCUUUUUUGAGAACUACAUGUCUCUAUAUAUAGCUAACAUUUUCAACAUAGACUCAGUAAAUUUUGAUUGCAAAUAAUUUACACUCAAACGUUCUAAGUGUCUAAUACAUUUCUCGAACGGAUUCUGGCUUCUAAAAAAGUAAUGUGGACAAACUGACCGACCAUUGGAUGACUGGAUGACUAGCUGGCGGACCGUCUCACCGACUAACUGACUGACUGACUGAUCAACCUACUGACUGACUGACUGACCGACCAACCGACCGACCGAGUGACUGACUGACUGACUGACUGACCAACCUACUGACCGACGACUGUCCAACUGACUGACUGACUGACUAUCUGACUGACUGACAUACCAGCUGACCAACAGACUGACUGACUGACUGACUGACUGACCGACUGACUGACUGACUGACUGACUGACUGGCUGACUGACUGACUGACUGACUGACGACUGGCCGACUGAGUGAUCGACUGAAGACUGAUUGACCACCUGACUGACUGACCGGCUGAAUAACCGACUGAAUGAGAGAAGAACUGACUAACUUAUUGAAUGAACAAAUGAUUAACUGACUGACUGACUAACCAUCAGAGUGACUAACCAACUAACUGACUGACUGAUCGACUAACUGACUGAAAGAUAGAAUAACCGAUAACUGACUGAAAGAUAGAAUAACCGACUAACUGACUGAAUGACUUUAUGACAGAAUAACUUACUGACUGACCAAACGGUUGUAGCUAUGAAAAUAUCCUUGAGUUCAUGUUUUCAUUCAUUUGCCAACCCAUCCAUUUUUUAGUCCGUGUAUAAAUCACCAAAUCGAUAAGUAAACUAGUAAUUUGCCAUAUCAAUCCGUUAAUCAAUGCUUUCUAUUUGUAUGAUUACAGAUCACAAUGCCGAGUUGUCUUUGACAAACCCAUUACGAUGGAUCUUGAAAAGGACCAUUUAACAUGUUUGAUCGCUCAAAGGCUUCCAUCAUUUGACAAAGUAUCUUUACGUAACAAAUGUGUCCUGACAUGUGAUGAACAGAAAGAUGGCCUGGGAGGAAUUCUGGCCUUUGAGGCCGACAACCUGGUGAUCGAUAGUACUUCCAAAAUAGAUAUGACUGGAAAAGGUGCGAGCAUUUUAGAACUUCUCACACCUCUGUUUAUGUCUUAGGAUGAAACAGGAAUUAUAUUGGCUCUGAUUUGUGAAUGAAUUAUUCGCAAGUUUUCUUCUAUAAUUAAACAGACUAGGACAUGAUUUUUCAAAAUUUUUACAACAAAAGAUUGAUUUUCAAUUUGAUCCUGAACGGCCAUUGCGGUAUGCUGUUGGUAGUCUACAAUUGAGUUUAAAUUCAUAGAGAGUAUGAUUGUAGAGUAGUAAAAAAAAGUAACAAAAGCUCUAAGAAAAUGAGGGUAUGUCUAAAUCUGUCCACCUUCAGUUUGCCUAAAGAGCUACAAAUUUUAUGGUGUUUGCCCAAAACUAAACGUCCGAACUAAAACAUUUUUUCCUGGUAAAAUAAUUAUAAUUACUACUAUGAUCCUGGGUCUAACAAUCCUUCGAACCCUCUGGCUCCACCUGUACCUAGACAGCUUGUUCCCCUGUUUGUGCCUAUAUCAUAUCUUCUACAUGUCGUAUUCAGACCGUGAAGGAACAGGAUCGAAUGGGAGGAGGAGCAGAAGGGUGGCGCACUCACCUGCGAACAAAGUGUUGCUUUUGAGUACUUCUUAGCGGUGUCGUUGAUUUUCAGGAUUUACAGGCGGCGUUGGAGGUGAUUCCCGUGGGGGUGGAGGGUACGGAGGCGAAACGUUCGACUGUCCAGCAAACGCGUUACUAGGAAAAGGAGGAGACAUUUCCAAUGUACCCUGGGCAAAGAACACCGACGGAAUUGGCGGUGGAGGGGCUGGGGACGGGCCACAGACAAGAGUAGGUUAGUAUACAUGCGUGAGGUAUUUCAAGGUCUAAUCAGAGCGAGGAUAAUGCCACUAGAAACCAGUUGGAAUUUAAACGAAACUACCUUAACUGUCUUACGCGCUGGAAGGUACAAAUUACUGUAAAUAAAUUUUAAACUGCGUGAAAUGAUCGAUGGUAUGGUCUAAAUUCAAGCCAACAGUAAGGAAACAGCAGGAAGGUCGAUUGAAUCACUGGGCGCCCAAAAUACCAAAUAAAAACAGACAAGUGUCCAGUGACGAGAGAUGAAGGUGGAUAGCUGGAAAGGACAACUAGUUUCAUGUCGAAUCAACUCGGAUAGAAUCGUGAAAUUAGAUUUGGAAAUUAUGUAUAGAAAACGUUCUAUUCGAUAAACGACAAUGAAUGUGAGUUUUUCUUGAAACUUUUGUAGACUCUGUAGUAAUUGGAUGGAAAAGGAAACUUAAGUUUCUGAUGGUAUCAUAACGCUAGCCGUUUUCGGCUCAGGAAAGUCAGCUGACUAAAUUAACAAGAAUUUGUUGGCGAAAAAAGGUCAUUUUAUCAAGUUCACAUGAUGAGUGGAACAGUAUUUCUUAACCUUGUAACAAAAACUUUCCGGCAGGUUCUAAUGGAGGUCCGGGAGGAACUAAUGCCGGCGGCGGAGGAGGAGACUCAACUGUCAACAGUGACGAUGGAGCGGCCGGUGGGGGAGGGGGUGGACAUUUCUCCGGUGGGGGGGGAGGGGGAGGGGGCAGUGGGUGUGGUGGUCACGAUGGAGGAAAGGGAGGAUCAGCUGGAAACGUAAGUCAUUAAUUCUUAUAUGAAUUGGUCGGAGUAAAAACGUGUGAAGACACAGCUUAGGUUACCAUUGCCACCGUCUGAGAAGACGCAAAUAUGCGUUUGUUACUUCAGCCUCCAUCUAGCUACUGGCUCCGUCCAAUUUUUACUGACAAGAAACUGAAACUGACUUGUCUAUCCAUUGUAAGAACGAGGUUAUUAAAGGCUUUCUUCCACAAUUUUCAUUUAGAUCGGUACCCAUGCUGGGGGUGGGGGUCAGUCGUCUUGCCCAGGAGGACAUGGUGGCAAUGGAGGGAGUGCAGGGAAAUGGCCUCCUAAUCAGGCUCCCCACUGCUACGACAAGUCAGCAUCAGGUGGUAACGCAGGCUCAUCUAGCUCUGGAGGUGGAGGAGGUAAUUUUUAGGUCAUGUCACUUAUACUGUGUAGUCCAUUACACUGGAAAGCCUUUUAAGAGAUGACGAAGGUUUACUUGAAACCAAUGCUAUUUAUAGCUUAAAUCGUUAUACUGUAAUCAAGGUAAUGGAUGAUAUUGUUAUUUUUUAUUCGAUUUUAAGGUGAUUCUUGUGGCAAUGCUUACGGUGGAGGUGGUGGAGGAGGUCAGUAAACAAUUCUUUUUGUGUUUUUCCUCAACGUGAUCGAAGCCAAGAUACUUCAGUCAGCUCUAUUGGUUUGAUGUUGAAUUUGAGGUCGAAUGUGACUAGGGAUUUGGGCUCAAGCAUCCAUAAGGAACAUUUCGAUUGAGCGCUGUAAAACAAAAGCAAAAGCAAUAACAGCAUUCGAUCGUAACAACAAUAACAACACCCAUGAUCAAAUUGCAAUUGGUUUUAGUUUUGCAUCUGAUUGGCUGAGAGAAUGGCACGAGUUUUGUAGACCAAUUAAAGAGCGAGGUGAAGGAAACCAUUUGAAACCGUCGCAAUUUCGGAUUAUCUUAACUAUUGAAAGGGAGGUAUGCUCCAGAUAACAUACAACUUUCAUAACUCUUGGCCGGACUUUCAGCACAGUUAAAGACAAUCUUUGAAAGGUUUAGAUUCUCAAAAUGCAGUCGAUCUUGUAGUUUAGUGGCGGAGACAAAACCUAAAUGAUUUCUGGUAUUAUUUCUCUUCCAAAUUAAACGAUCUUUGGUUAGUUGCCAAAGUGGACUAUUUACGAUCUUGUAUAUUUACGUCAACGUCCUAGAUCUUUCAUGGACUGAAAUGACGAGGUUUUAUGACAAAUUUCAAUGUUUUCAAGCAAGGAAACUUCUAUGAAUGAAUCUCUUACCCACCGCAAACUUGGGUGUUCUGGAGAAAUUCGUUCUAUGUAUAGAUAAAAAAAUAAAUAAAUAACACAUAUGCAACUGACUUGGGAGCAUUAAUGACACCUUCAGGGUCCACGGGGGCCGCUAUUAUUUUGUUUAUAUUCAGGCGGACUCCAGUUUGGCCAUACCAACUUCACGACUCACCUGAGUUACGGAGGGGGAGGUGGAGGGGGAGGAGCAAGUGCGUUCAGUGAUGACCCCAACCCUGGAGGGAAAGGAGGAAGUGGAGGAGGACUGGUGUAUUUACAGGUUGGGAAACUGGAACUACGAGGGACCAUCAGUGUAAAAGGUAUGAACCAGAAAAGCAUAAAACCCACCCCUCCCUCCCAAAGUCUCAACCCUUUGGCUCCUAGAAGUGAUUAACAAGUAACUUCUCCAUGCACUAUCCAUACAUUAUCCAGUAGACAAGUAAUGAGGAUACUGUUUUAUUUAACACUACAUAGAAAUUUGACGUAGAUAGAGGGAGGAAUUAAAAACCAGAUCUUGGGAAUUUAAUGGGUAAAUUUAGAAUCCUUCAGUCUCAGAGAAAUGUUGUUGAAAGACCAAGUUUUUCGAUAAUGUUCAAACCAUACCUUAUUCCAGACCUAAAUAAUAAAAAGCGAUCCCCUUUUCAGACCUAAAUGAGUAACAAACAAGAUAAUAGAGUCUAUUGGUCAAAAACUACACCCUCUGAGCCGCAAACGCCCGUAAAAUGUAAAAGGAAGCAGUGGAGGUCAGAACUAAAAAUGAGAAAUUGCUCCACGUUGUAAAUCUGUGGCCUAGCUGUUUUAUGGAGCUAAUACUUUACUUUUUACGCAGGAAACUCUGGACAAUGUCUCAAUCGGAAAGGUCACAGAUCAGCCCCUGGGGGAAGUGGCGCUGGGGGCAGUGUUGUCAUCUUUACCAAGAAACUCAUCGGAGAUCCGAAGACUAAAAUUUCCGUGUCCGGAGGGGAUCCUGUAAAAUGUGCUUUUGGAACUGGUGGUGGUAAGCAAACAAAGUCCUUUGCAAACCAUGCCGUGAGAACUGCUUAGUGAAGCUCUGUAAAAUAUCGGUCCACCCAAGCUUUUGGUCAUAUUAUACGCUCUGGUAAAAAACCUUAUCUUAUGGCAGAAGGGUUUAGGGUUCAAAGAAACGUACGGGAUAAGAGUUUAGGGUACGGUACGGGAUGAGGUAUCGCAACCCGCGGGAUCGGAAAGAUAAGAGCUUUCCAG